AUGAAUGCACAGGAGAUUGACAAGCAAAGAGACGGUCGAACCCACGGAUUGACGAUAAAAAUUUCUUCUCUAUCGUUGUUCAGCGAGAUUCCCGGACCAUGGCCGUCGUUCCCCUUGGUCGGGACCAACUGGCAGUAUUGGGGUCAGAAACAGGAUCUCUUCCAACUACACAAAGCUUUCGAACACAAGCUCUUGAAGUACGGCCCAAUCUGUAAAGAAGAAUACCAGUAUCGGAGACCUGUCGUGCAUCUCUUCCACGCGGAAUCUUUUCCAGCUUUGUUCAGAUCUCAAGGAUCUUGUCCGAUCCGUCCUCCGAACGAAUUCGUUUGCAAAUACCGGCGAGAGCACCCCGAAAAAUACUCAGGAGUGGGAUUGAGUAAUGCUCUCGGUGAGGAAUGGCGUUCCAUGAGGCUCGCUCUCGCGCCGGUUCUUCGGCAAAUGAGCGCGAUACACACAAAGGACAUGCUGGACAUACAGACGGAAAUUUGCGAUGACUGGGUUCGCCAUCUCCAAGAAAGCGCACAGGACGGCGUCGUCGCUGAUAUCCAAGAAUUGCUCUAUAUGCUGGCUCUUGAGUCGAUAUUCGCGCUUUGCCUGGAGAAGCGAUUAGGAUGCUUCGAAGGUAAUCCGCGAGCCAGAGAAAUGGUCCAGGCAACCAAGGACCUCUUCGAGUGUUAUCAAAAGUUAUACUAUGGAAGUCCCUUAUGGAAAAAAGUCCCAACAAAACCAUACCUCGAUUUUUGCAAGGCGGAAGAAACGGUCUAUAGGAUCACCGAGGAUUUUCUGAGAGAGGCUUCGGCAACUGAAUCACAGAGCCGUGUUCUAAGAGCCCUGACAACUUUGCCGAAUUUUGAUUGGAAGGAUGUCCAGUUGACGGCAAUGGAUUUCAUUGUCGGGGGUGUUUUCACGAUAACCCAGUCGAUGGCUUUCCUCAUCCACCAAAUCGCAAUAAAUAAGAGGGUCCAAGACAAGUUGGUGCGGACGCUCCGGAACGCGCCGAUUCCUGCAACGGAUCCCUACCUGAAGGCGUGUAUGAAGGAGACCUUCCGUAUCUCGCCAACGGUGCCUGGAGUGAUGAGAGUACUACCAGAAGACACCGUGCUCUGUGAUUACCAUGUGCCCGCGGGGACAGCUGUGUUCGCCAAUUCUUUGAUAGCGUGUAGAAACGAGGAAACGUUCCAUCGAGCGUCAGAGUUCAUACCGGAGCGUUGGCUCGACGGAAGACCGCAGUUCCCCUUCGCACUCCUGCCGUUCGGCUUCGGAGCUAGGAUGUGCCCAGGCCGCCACUUCGCUGAGCUGGAGAUGUGUUCUGCUGUCGCAUCACUCCUCAAGAAAUUCGAAAUAUCCAGUCCCAUGGAACAAAUCCCGGUGAAAUGUAUUUUCGUCAUAGCCCCUGAAGGAGAAGUACCAAUCGAAAUCCAACCCCGCGGCAACGAUGGUCCUGAUUGAAGCGGAUCGUUACUCGAGAGUCUCCCCACUGUUGCUCCGCCAAGGUCUCUCAAUCGUAUUUCCGUCUCCGGAUAGCGUUCUGAGAAUAGCCGGACUUGAGCUUGGGCUGACGCGCAACUAGUCGGAGGAGCUCCCGAGAUACGUCCAGCUUGCUAUGAAUCCAGUCCAUGCAUUUCUCGGAUGUAUUUGGAAGCCCAACGAUCAAACGUACAACAUUUUGUUGAAGCGCAUUUCUCACUGACGAGUUGAUUCUGAUCGACCAGAACAAGGGUCACUUUCAA